AUGCCACCACACCUUAAACGUUCUAUUCGUUCAAGACGUUUGGGAUACGAUAAUUCAUGCGACUUCACCUCAAAAUCGCUUGAUGUUCAUGAAUGUGUAUGCAGAGUGUACAAUGACUUGUUGGAGGAGAUAGCCAAUGUAGCACCGCAUAGAUACGUCGUCUACGAGUUUGGUGUUGUACUCUCCCGCUUGCCGAGCCGUCGUGGUGACCUAAAAUAUGACGGUGUAACAAAUGGAGCCUCAUUGCAUCGCACGCUCGCAUUAGGACAAAUGAACAGAAGUACUCCUAUGCGUCGAGGAGGAGCACCUCUUCACCACGGCGCGUCCGUCCCAACUUCUUUGGGGCUUGCCUUUCCUGCAUGCGUCACUGAAGCUUUACUGCAGGUGUCAAAACAUAUCAGACUUUCAAGCCACGGCAGAGGACGCCCAUCUCUGACAAAAAACAAUGAUCUCCAGCUGCUAAUUGAUAACGAAGUAUUCUGUCUAGGAGCCGACAGGAAAUCAACGCGCCUUUCACAACUUCAGGAAUUUACUCUUAUCAAUCUCCUAGCUCAUUUUUUCACGGAACGUGAUGAGAUGAACAAAUACACUUAUUUCGAAGUGUUGUUUCUUGGAAGAGAAGGCGAUUCUCACAUUCACGAACAAAGACUUCGUCUUUUGUAUAGAUUAGCGUCCUAUGCUUUGCAGUUUCCUGUUCUCCAGCUAUACGCUCAGAUCUCUCUAUGGUUGUCAAAGGUUGGUAACAGCAAACCGUACGCUGAGGAACUAGUUGCUGUACUGGCAGAGCACUAUCUGAAACCGGCUGAUUCAAUAAUUUAUGAAUAUCUUUUGCCUUUGGAAUCAUCGUGCCCGGAAUUUACAGUGUUCUUUGUCGUUUAUGCCACCAGAUUUAUGCCUAUCAAUCGACCAAUGGCUGCUGUAUUUGCUAGUUACAUCAAUAGAAAUCCUGGUUACUUCCUCAAAGGGUUCAGAGACUCUCCUCAUUUAGCUGACAUAUUUCGUCUAGAGGUAUUUGAGAAAAUGUUAAAUUAUCUACUUGAAAUUGAAGGCGAACCCUCAUCUGAUAUAGAAGCUAUGAAUUACCAUACGGCUGUAAUGGUGUUGUUGGACAAAUGGAGCAGCACAAUCAAGAAACCGUUAGACAUAAAUUUGCUGUUCGACCCAUCAAUUCGGUGGUCUCGAUUCCGAAGUGAUGCACUCUGCGUAGUGGGAUCAAAAAGUCCUGCGGCUGGCAAAAUGGUAGCCAAGAAAUUGGAAGGUUGCAAGAUUCCACCAGCCUAUGCUGCUCUGAUAUCAGAUGCUCAAACAAGAUCAACGACAUGUGCUUAG